GGUGUUGUGUAACUAUAGUGUCGUGCAUUAGAUAUCCUGAUGACUUAAUUAGCUGAUCAGUGCCGUAGCUAGGACAGUCACAAUGAAUAUUUACGAGCCCGCGUAUGUGGCCAAUUUUACGGGCGCCGCGAACUGCUACUCGGCUGUCAGUUGGUCGCCUCACAACAAGAUCUGCGCGAUCACCAACGAAGCUGUUCGAGUUCUGGGUUCACCUUGUUCUCCUAGUGAGAGUGGCUACCCUCUGCAGCUCAACAAGGCAACGAUACCGAAUCCAGACAAACCAUUCGAUAUCGCCACAACUCCUUAUGACAGCGAUCUCGGGGACCUGGACACUGAUGAUCGGCAUGAACUGAUGCUGGACAUCACGCUUUCACCUGACAGCGCCAAUGCCGUCCUACACAAAACAUACCAUAGGGCCCUGUGGUCUCCAAUGCAUCUCGGUGGCAAGAACCGGUGCAUUCUGGCAACCCUGACCCGGGACCAUCGAAUCCAGAUCUGGCAAGAGCGCAUCGAAGCACGCUGGGAAUGCUUGGUGGAGCCCUCUCAGCUGCAUUACGACCGAGCCCAAGAGUCGUGGACUUCACCUCGCAAGCGAAAGAAGAAUGAGAAGCCUUCAACCUACUCGAAAUGCGUCUUUGACCUCCUGAAGGAGAGGAGCUACUCUGUGGCCGCCCUCGAAAUUGUGUGGUCUCACCUCAUUGAGGAUGAUGACGCAAAGUCGUUCGCUCUCCUCAUGGAGGUCACGCGUGGUGGGCAACUUCUAGUAUGGAAGGUACCAGUUCUUACUGACGGCCAGAGUUUUGAAGUGGAGCUCUUAAAGGAAGCGGAAGCUAACAUCAUGCGGGCUGGUCGGCUUUGUUGGCAUGAAACGUCUAAGACCUCUGGUAUCUUGGUGGCAGGCUCUGAUGAUGGCAGUGUGACCCUGCGAACAGUGGCACUCUGCAGCGGCGACGAAAAAGUGCGCCUGGGUGAACCGCUUGUCCUGCAGGAGAGUGAUGGGAGACCAGCUCAGCACGCAGUUUGCACACGCAGCGAAGGGGGCAGCUACCUGGUGUGUGUGGCCAAGGGCCGCAUCCUGUACUGCUUUCGGGUGACCACAGAUGCCGACACUGGCAGAGCACAGCUCUUGCACAGUGCCUUCACUCGUGAUGCCUGCGUGUCAUUUGUCACAGCCCUUGACAAGUGUCCAUCCAAUGAGCGCGACCUCCACAUGCUUGUCUGCACGAUGAACGGAGAGAUUGUGAAUGUUCACGUCGACACCGAUCUCAACUUCAAAAUUGAGAAAAUCUCCAUCGAGCUGCCCUGGAUGCUUCAACCUGUGGGCCUGGCCGUCUCGCCUAAUGGCGCCUACUUUGCAAUGCUCUAUCACAUCACCACUAUGGUCCACGAGAGCACCAUCAAGGAGCCACUGCAGCUCAUGAUCUACAACCGGACAGGUGUGGCUGACAUGUCCAAGUUGCUUCUCAGUGAGGCGAGAAAGGACAGCACCACAACGGAUAUCCAGCUUGCGAAUGUUUUGGACUGUCUCGACCGCAUUCACUCGUACAGCUGUGGCAAAGCAGACCUGCUGGAGGAACUGAAGGUGUACAUGACGGAUGUCAGUACAGUUGGGUCACUCGACAAGAUCUCCAGAUUUGGACUUCAACUGUUCUGUUUUCUCAAGAGGGUGGAAGGAGCCCUAACCAAGUCCACUGAGCUGGACCAAGACUUCACCUGGGCAUGUAUGGAGCUUCUUCGCCGACACAUUCUGGCCAUUGUCAGCAAUUAUAACGAAGGCCAACUAACCGAGCCUCAGAAGUCGUCACUACGACUCUUCUACAACUGGCUGGCCACCACUGGAGUCGAGACGCAAGAGCGUAUAUCGCGGCUUUUCGCUCCCGAGCCAUUGGCCAGUGCGGUGGCCUCCGUUGCGGAAGGAGGGCUUGUUGUUUUUGAGGAGUGCGCCAUCUGUGGAGACGCCAUCCCUUUCCAAGAUCUGAACCAUGGCACGUGCGGCCAGGACCACCGAUUUGGCCGGUGUGCCAACUCUAUGUUGGUGUGCCACGAGACUCCUAUGAGGUGGUGCACUACUUGUCAGCAGUUUGCGCAACGCAAAAGUGUCUGGCCAGAUGGUGAGGUCUGCCUGUACUGUGGCAAGUGGCUUGUGUAAACUGGCCAAUGAGUGACGC